CCGAGCAAAGAAAAGGAGCCGAUCAGGAGCUAGAGCAUCAAGAUAACCUUUGAGGGGGAUAUGGCGACCACAUCCAUAAGGGUGGCAGCCACCAAGUCGACGAGAGGGUCUACAUCGAAGAAGACUGACACGGAUUACGUGAUGCCGGAGAAGGACGGGCAGCGGGUCGAUGGAGAGGAGGUUAUGCUUUCGUCGCGAAAGCGGGGAGUGAAAAAGUUCUUAAUGAAGAGUUCGUUGGACAAGAUUGACACGGUCGAGCCACUAAGGCGGGCCGUUCGGCAACCCAUGCAGUGCUCUAUUCUGGAGUACCUGGCGGCAUCGAAGCCGUCUCGUGAUGAGUUACAAAUGAUCACGCGGAAGACUCGCAUACCUCUAUCUGAGGAGGGUCAGGGGGCCCCUAAGGCAGAAGCUUCUACAGUAGCGGUAACGGGGGUGACUGCCAGAGCGGAUCGCAUGGCGACAGUCCUUCUCGAUGGAAUGGAAGGUGUGCCUCCAGACAAGUUUUAUAUACUUGGUAGCGGGCCCGUGGAGACGAUUAUAAACGAUGGAGCGGUACUCGAUGCUGUGAUCGAUAACGGCAGUGAGGCUGUCAUCAUAGACGAGGACCUGGCAGUACAGGUUGGACUGGGCCUUGAUAGGUCAUACCUUUUCAAGAUAGAGACGGCUGAUGGGAGAAAGCAACAGAUCACUGAGGUUUGUCACAAGGCAGCCAUAAAGGUCCAAGGGGUACGAGUGACCCUGCCUGUCUUUGCACUCAAGAACCGCAGCUCCGACCUGCUCUUGGGUCGAACGUGGUUGAGCCACGUGCAUGCGGUGACGAUAGAGCGAUCUGAUGGGAGUCAAACAUUGUCCAUUAGGAAGCCAGACGGGACGCGGGUAAUGAUUGAGACAGUGGAUCCUCGGGACUCGAGGAAAAGAGCAACUCUCGCUGUGGGUGCGGGACCCAGUGAUCAGAUUAAGUCGUUACCUAUCUCCGGCCGCGCGGUGCGAUUUCGCGAGAAGAAAUAUGGACCACUGCUCACAGAGGAAGAAGGCCGGAUCGUGGAGGUGGAAGAUUUAGGGAGUCGGCUAAUAGUGGACGGCAACUCGUACCCAAAGGAAAAAGAUGAGGAAUUUGGCGGUGUGGUAUCCGUGACGUUUUUUAGGGUACGCCCCCCUAUGAAGGGCUACCCAAGCGACACAAGCGAGUAACUCAAAAAGUUAAGCCAGCGGCGGUGGGCCGCGAGCGAUCUGCACUGGAAGGGAUAUCGGAAGAAGAGAUCACGAAAGAAAUCAAAAAAAGAAAGAGAAAGGGGCCGCAACGCCUAACGGAAGAGAGGAUAGGAGGGAUGGACAUCGGAGAUGAGAAUUUGACCCCACAGGAGCGAGAACGUGUGAUAGAAAUCCUGAAGACAUGUGAUAAGGCCAUAGCUUUUAGUGACGUGGAGCGCGGUAGGGUUGACCCUCGAUACGCUAAGCCAGCAAG